AAAGAAGAAGAAGCGUUUGGGCUCUCUGCGCAGGUUUAUGCGCAUGCUAAUCACAACAUAGCAGGGGUUUCAUCUAUGACUGUUAUUUCUUAUUGAUUAUUGUUGAGUUAUAGUUGCACGUUAGCCUAAAAUGCCACCAAAGGGAAAAGGGGGAAAGGGUGGUAAAGGAGCUGCUUCAGGGAGUGCAGACACCGACAAGAAAGAAAAAGGCCCAAAGGGAGGGACCGCUGUCAAGGUCCGGCAUAUCCUGUGUGAAAAACAUGGAAAAUGCAUGGAAGCAAUGGAGAAACUGAAGGCUGGAGUUCGUUUCAGUGAAGUAGCUACACAGUACAGUGAAGACAAAGCCAGACAAGGAGGUGAUCUGGGGUGGAUGACGCGAGGAUCGAUGGUCGGACCUUUCCAGGAUGCGGCAUUCGCCCUCCCUGUCAGCUCCAUGGAUAAACCAGUCUACACAGACCCUCCUGUCAAGACAAAAUUUGGGUACCACAUCAUUAUGGUAGAGGGGAAAAAGUAACUCGGGCCAGUUCAACACUUGAAAUCAAGACAUGUAAAUUCCCCAGUGUGCUAUAUUGUUAAACUUCUGAUGAUUUUCUUAUAUUUUUCAAAACACAUGAGAAUAAAAAAGGCAUUGAUGUAGAAUUCUGUCAGAUUUGUCUGUGAUAAAUGUGCUUGCCAUACUGAAAAUUUAACUUGAGGGAGAAGAUAUGCAUUUAUGUAAUAAAGAAGUUUACUGGUAUGACUGAGAGGGUAUAACAAAGACUGCUAGAAGUUAGACUCAUUAUUGAAAAAGAUCUAAUGCCUUAUUAUCUUUUAGAAAUGGGGAUUUUUUUCUUUAAAGUGAUGUCUUUUAAUUCUUCGCUUCCAUAAAUAAAAUUACCAUAGUAAAAAAGGAAA